UCACCGCCCCCGGCGGGAGCGACCCGGGAGCUGCGGCCGCUCCACCGCCGGUUCCUCCCCGCCGCGCCCGCAGCCUUCCUGGCUCCCCAGAGCGCAGCCGACGUGCCCCACGCAGCACAGCCACCCCGAUGGCGUCCGCUACUGCCGUGCCUGUAGGAUUUCACUAUGAAACCAAAUACGUAGUGCUCAGCUACCUGGGUCUUCUAGCACAGGACAAGCCACAGGAGCAUCCUCCUCCUCCUCCUCCUCCUCCAACUCAAGGGACUCAACAACAGCUUAUGGCACAACAUGCUCUGGAGAAAGAGGCUUUGGAGAAGAUUAAAAUAGAAAUCGAGGAGGAGCUAAAACAUCUUGAUGAAGAAAUCUUGGAAGCAUUUACCACUACAGGGUUUGACUGCCACACUUCCCCAGUGUUCAGCCCUGCCAAUCCAGAGAGCUCCAUAGAAGACUGCCUUGCUCAUCUGGGGGAGAAAGUGUCCCAGGAAUUGAAGGAACAUCUGCACAAAGCACUGCAGAGCUUGCUUAGCAAGCCGGUGACAUAUCAGGAAUAUCGGGAGCGCACGCAGGAGGCAUCUGCUCAUGCCAGUGGAUGGAACAAGGUCUUGGUGCCCCUGGUUCUGUUACAACAAUUUCUGAUGGAGCUGACAAGACGGGGCCAGGAACCACUGAGUGCCCUUGUGAACUUCGGGGUGACAUAUCUAGAAGAUUAUUCUUCAGAUUAUAUUAUUCAACAAGGAGGAUGGGGAACAGUCUUCACUUUGGAAUCCGAAGAGGAAGAGUACCCUGGGCUCAUUGCAGAGGACAGCAAUGACAUCUACAUCCUGACCAGUGACAACUCAGGGCAGGUGAGCCCCCCAGAGUCCCCCACGGUGACCACAUCGUGGCAGUCGGAGGGGCUGCCCGUCUCCCUGUCGGCGAGUCAGAGCUGGCACACGGAGAGCCUGCCGGUCUCCCUGGGCCCCGAGUCCUGGCAGCAAGUGGCCAUGGAUCCUGAGGAAGUCAAAAGCCUGGACAGCAACGGAGGGGCUGAAGAGAGGAGCGAGAACAACUCUUCCAACUCUGACAUUGUUCACGUGGAGAAGGAAGAGAUACCAGAGGGGAUUGAGGAAGCAGUGGUGCCAGCUGGCACUGCAGAGACCAUACAGGCAGCGUUUCCAGAAACCUCUGCUUCUUUACAGGAAAUAAAACCUCCUGAAAUUGCUGCUGCUGAAAAAGCACAUCCCUCCGCACUUCUGUGUACAAAGCAGGAGGAAAAGGGAAAAGCAGCUGAAGAGCUUGUUGAACCUGAAAUCCCUGUGUUAAGUAAACCUGUCCCAAAGUUAGCCCCAUCAGAAGAAAAGGCUGCACCAGAACCUGAGAAAACAUUGCUUCCUGGGGGGAAAAAAGCAGAGAAGGAGGGCCAUUUGGAAGAAGUAGAAGAGAAAUCCUCAGCUGCGGAGGAGAAGCCUAUCUUGUUGCCAGAAGGGAAAUCCAUACUGCUGUACGGUGGGGCUGCCGCAGUCGCUAUAUUGGCUGUGGCAGUCGGAGUAGCGCUGGCACUUAGGAAAAAGUAACGGAGCUCUCUUGAGGAGGAGGGAGGAGAGAAGAGAGCACAUCCAAUUUCUGUAGUUGUGUUACCUAAAGGUUGAGCUGCCUGCUGUUUAAUUGGACAUUUGAGUAACUCAGUGGUGAUGAGGUGAUGAGGUUGUUCAAUAAGCCUCCAGCUACGGACAAUCAUGUUUUUAGUAGAAUCGGGGCGGGGACUGGUUUUUCGUGAUUAAAGUAUGGGGGUAUUUUUAAAAAAAAAAAACAAAAAAAAUCUGCAAAUUUAAGAACUUAAAGUGCAGGUGCUGAAGAAAGGGGUGCUCAUACUCUAGGAACUGGAACAAAGAAUCCCCAGGGGAAGUGGAGAGCCAGCUGCUGCCAGCCCCUGGAGAUUUUGGCUUCUCUGAUUGACCGCUAUUGCAGCUGUGCUGUCUUGUCACUUCCCGUUGCGCCCCUGAGCCCCUCCUAACAACAUUAGCCAACCUGAGUCCUGUAGCGAGAGGCUGGUGUCCCUUUUGUCUCAGCUUCCUCUCAGGUACAGCACUGCUCCUCAUAACCUUCCAGGUUCCUCCUAAGCCCCAGUGGGACAGUGCUUAUUCUUACCUCUUGGCUCACACUGGUUUUGGCCCCUAACGUUUACUGGAGCCCCAUCCUGUGAAGAUGCUGCCUCUCUAUAGCUGUAGUAUCUCUGAGCAUCCUGGUGUUCCUGGGGCAGAGGUGCUGCCCAGGAGGGUAGGAGGGACACUGCUAUUUGCUGGUUUGAGAAUCCAUUUGCUCUGCUCCUGCCCAGCCCACUUUACUGCAAACCCUUCAGUUACCAGAGGUACGAAAUUGAUGCUGGACACGAUGCCAUUGGGAUCACUACUCUGAUAUCUGGGGUAUAUUCAGCAAAAAGACAGCAAAACCGUGUGGAAGCAAGGCCAGUGCCUCAAGUGCAAUUCAGAUGUUCAACGCUCUGCUGUCCUGUGUCACGCUGCAGUCUGCAUUGUCUUUCCCAAGUUAAGCACAGAGUGUAUUUAGUCCUAACUUGGUCUUCUUGCCUGUGACAGAAUCCUAGAUAUAUAAAGCAAUGGAUUCUAGAAACUGAGCAAAAGAGCAUUAAGCAUCUCUUAUCUGCUUGUUCCUGACCUGGCCCGGAGUGCUGUUCAGUGCAAUUUCUUUUGCAACUGUGAAUCUGUAAUUACCUAAACUUACAGGUUCACAAAUUAUAAGCAAAUUACUUUGGCAAAAAAGGUAAUCCCCCUUCCUGCAGUCACAGCACUUGAGGUGUGUGUGGAGAGAAACCUUUCAAUUAUUGCCCUAGUCCUUAGUAGGGUCCAACUGCAAGUGUUCCUCUUCCAGCACGUUUGUGUGCCUGUCCAUGUCCAACUGUAGCUGUGUGGGCAACACCUUGUGCUUCCCAGGCACAACUGUGGAUGCAUCUCUGAGGGUUGGUGCUGGCACUGUGGCUUAGACCAGAUGGAGGAAGGUGAAAGGGAACUUGUGAUAAUCUAAAAAAUGAAACAUGAUCUUAUGGGGGAGCUUUCACAAAGCACAAAGACAAGGUACUUUUAUUUCUAAAUAACCAUAUCAAGAGUACAUCUCCUGAUGAGCCUGUUUCUUAAGGGAUCUCAGAAUGAAGAGAUCUUAGCAUAUUCUCUAUUUUAGGAUAUCCUUGCUGCAUUUUCCUAUCCCAGGAUGCUGGAAAGUUAGUCAGAAUGUGUCAGAUUCUGAGGAAUUAUUUUUGUGUAAGCUUUUGUGAAAUGGAUUUUCUAGAAAACUUUGAACUAUGUGUGUGUGAAGUUGACUAUUAAGAGGAAGGGUUGUGUAUAUACUGCCACUAUGGAUUGAACUUGGGAACUCUGGAGUUCUGGACUGUACUGUUGAUCAUUGAUUGCUCUUAUUUCAUGUGCAACAUAUAGCAGGUUGGCCUUAUCAGAAAAAAAAUAUUGCAAAAUGGAAUUGACUUCUAUCACAUUGCAAAACAGAAUUGACUUUUUUUUGCCAUUGUCUGGUGCUCUGCUGGUACUCAUUGCUGUGCUGUGUCUCCAGAAGGGGUGGCUGGGACCUCCUCAUGCCAUGGGCUCAGGGAAUGGUACAGAGGUGAAGGGCAGCUUUAUUGCUUGGUCAGUCAGGGCAGGGCUGCCCCUCUCUGGCUGCUUUGCUGUUGGCUUUGGGUUCUUCUCUGAACACUGCUAUGGGAGAGAAUUAUUCUUAACCUGCAUCCCCUCUUUCCUGAGGACAAUUAACCUGCUUUUGGUCCAGCCUCACCUCUAGCCACACAGCAGGUUACCCUGGAGCAGAGAUGGAUUCUGUGGACACUCUGCAUAACUUGUGUACCAGUGUUGGGAGGGUGGAGGCAGGGCUGGUGUUACUUCAUCUUCUCUGUGGAUGGGGUUGUUUCAGUAGUAGUGUGGAGAGGUAGAGGGCAAACAAGAAAAAUAUCCAGGCUGGCAAGGAAAGGAGUUCAAAACUUAUUGCCUCAAGGAGCCCAGUGGGGCAUGAAAUAAAAAUCUUCCAUGCACAGCAGGGAGAAGGUGGCAGCAGUAGUAAGGAAAAUAAAUUACUUUGUUAGGUAAUGGUCAGGCAGAAGCCUAGAGUAUCUAGUGUGUUGCUACAUUUCAUGGAGCAUCAGUUGCACCGUAUGUUUUGGUUGCUUGGUCCUUUCUUUAUAAUGUUCUUUUCCUUCUGAGGUCUUUUAGCUUUGGCAAGUCAGCGAGAAUUUGAAUUGACCAUGUGUUCAGAAAAUUUAUUGUAUGAGUCUCUUUCCUCUGGGAACACUCCACUAGUUAAAAAGGUCAGCUGUGGGGUUGAAUUCUGCAGAGUUUGGAGUCCUGUGGUCAGAGCUGGGGCAGGCCUUGUGGAAGGGGUGGGAAAACUCAGAUGGCAGUGUUCCUACAGACCUGGGUGAGAGGCUGCUCUGUUAAGAGGUGUGAAUUAGAAAAUGGAAGUUUUUCUUCCCCCGUCUUCAAGUAUAGUACAGUAACCUUAAACUGCAGGGUCCAGUUACCCUGCAAGGUGUGAUGCAGACUCUCUCUAGUGGAUCUCUCCUAGCUGGCAGAGGGAAGGCAGGAGCUAUAUACUUGCAAAAGGGCAUAUAGAAUUACUUUCACUUGUGUUGCUCAUCCCUUUCCCAGAAGUGCCUCAAUAUCUGUCCUCUAGUGGCCUGUACUUUAACAAAAUAUCUACCUUAGACCCAUUCUGUCUUCACUUUAUGCUUAGCAUACCCUAAAGCUCAGAUGCUGAAACAGCAGAGGGCUGGAUCUGUGAAAAAAGUGAGAAGUACUUAAGGAACUGCAGUGGGCAGCAUGCUCAAUAAGGGGCUGUCAAGGGAAAGGCUCUCAAGAUAAGGUGCAAUUUAAAUUGAGCUGUGAUUAAUUCUAAGCUGUGUUUAGUUGGGCAUUGUGGCACUGCAGGAACAAGAGGCUGAGAGCAAAGACAGAAUUCCUCCGUUGCCCAAAAGCUCAAAGUGCAGAUACAGAGCCAUGUCCCAGCCAGUUGCAGUCUUGUGUGCAGGGUGGAGCCUGGUGAUGUCUGGAACUGUGAUGUGGGGCAAAUCAGCACUACAGGAAUCCAUCCUUGCUGUUUGUGAGGGCUUCAUUUUUCACUCUGACUGUGCUCAGGCAGCUGCAGCUCAAGUGCCAGGUGGAAGCUGCAGUGCUGAGUGCUCUUACACAGGACAAGUUUUGCUGCCAGAAUCCCAUUUCCUUCCUUCCCCAUAGUACUGAUCACAGCUAGGCUAAAACUUUGGACUGGAUUUUUAAACUAAUCAAUGCUUUCUAAUGGCCACAAAUGAAAAGUUUAAUUAGUACUAAACAAGCAAGCUGCUGAAGUUUGGUCUUCUUUCAUUUUAAUGAUUGUAGUAGAUAAAGUAAUCUGAGAUUAUAAAUCUUCCCUAUAUUUAAUGUCAGUUACAGGAUUAUGGCAGUACUGGCAAAGCCCUAGUAAAGUAGAUGUUGCUAUUCUGGGAAAAAACUAGAAGUGUUUCUAGCUCUGCAGUGACUCAUUCACUAAGCCGGAGCAAGUUCCUGUUACAGAGUUUCAGAGUGUAAUUGCCAGAAUCUUUUGCUGCGAAAUGGGGGGGUGGGGUGGAGAGGUGCACAUGGCAGGCCCAGGUGUGAUGCCUACAGGAAUCAGGAAGCUCAGGGCUUCAGGAGAAUGUCAUAUUCUGGGCUCUGUUUGUGUCUGCUCAUGUUGGAGCACAAUGGGAGAAAGUGUUCCCAGUGAAAAGUUCCUGGUUAGUAUCUUUAUUGAUGAUCUGGAUGAGGGGAUGGAGUUUAGCAUUACCAGAUUUGCAGAUGACACCAAGUUGGGUGCAGGUGUUUCUCAGCUGGAGGGUAGGAGGGCUCUGGGGGGACCUGGAUGGGCUGGAUCCAUAAGCUGGGUUCAGUGAUGGGAGGUUCAACAAAACCAAGUGCCAGGUCCUACUCUUUGGGCACAACCCCUUGCAGUGCUAUGGGCUGGGGACAGAGUGGCUGGACAGUGGCCAGGCAGGAAGAGACCUGGGGGUAUGACUGAGCCAGCAGUGUGCCCUGGUGGCCAAAAAGGCCAAUGGCUCCUGGCCUGGAUCAGGAAUGGUGUGGCCAGCAGGACCAGGGCAGUGAUUCUUCCCCUGUACUUGGCACUGCUGAGGCUGCACCUCGAGUGCUGUGCCCAGUCCUGGGCCCCUCAGUUUGGGAGGGAUGUUGAGGUGCUGGAGGGAGUCCAGAGAAGGGCAGCAAGGCUGGUGAGGGGUCUGGAACACAAAUUCCAGACAGGGAGCAGCUGAAGGAGCUGGGGGUGUUCAGCCUGGAGAGGAGGAGGCUCAGGGGACACCUCACUUGACAAAUACCUGAAAUGAGGGAGUAGCCAGGUGGGGGUCAGGCUCUUCUCCAAGGCAACAGCAACAGGACAGGAUGACACAGCCUUAAGCUGUGCCAGGGGAGGUUUAGUCUGGGCAUUGGGAAUUUCUUCACAAAAAGGGUGACCAGACAUUGGAAUGGUGUGCCCAGGGAGCUGGUGGAGUCACUGUCCCUGGAGGUUAUUAAAAAGGCUGGAUGUGGCACUCAGUGCCAUGGUCUGGUUGGCAAGGUGGUUUUUGGUCAUACACUGGACUCAAUCUCAAAGUCUUUUCCAAACCUAGGUGAUUCUGUGUAACAUGGAGGUGUGAGGCACAAUAUCUGCUCUACCUAAUCAGGGCAAAAGCUGUGGCUUGGACUGCUUAAUUUCAGAAUGAGGAAGGUUGCAAGAACAGGAUUGCUUUGACUUAUGUAUGUACCUAUGCUUUAGAGUGCAAGCUUGGUAUUACCAUUAAAAAAAAAAAAAAAAGAAGGGGGGAUGUUUAUAAAAUUUAACCUAACACUACUUGACUCAGGUAGAGCAAGCUCUCAGGCCCAGAGGGAGCAGAGGCCGCAGGGCCAGGUCUAGGCAACAGAAUUCAGUUUGUGUCUGACACAGUAAAGGUACCUGAGCAGGACUUGGCUGGGGAAUGACAUCAGCUUGGAAGGGUCAGUAGUGUUAAGUGCAGAGGAACCAUAACACAUCACUCAACUCCAUCUCCUUAAGUUAAGAAACUUUAUCACUUUUUUUCUACUUUGAGCUGACCUGCUCUCAGUCUCUUGGGUAGGCUGACUUGCUUACUCCAAGCUAGAGGUCUGUGGUCAUGCUGCAGAAGUGGGGGAACUCCUGUUGGCUUCCAGUGGAAGCUGCUUUUGAUCUCCCUGCAGUAUCUGCAGGGCAGGCACGGGACACUAUCGAUGUGGACACAACAAACUGCAGAGGAUGCAUCUUACUGCUGUACCUUUAGGGGCUUUGUCCUCAGUUUUAACUUGCAGGAUAAGCUUUUAUUCAAUUGUAAACUUAAAAACCCACUCAGACCAAAAGAAUGACGCUUGAUUUGUUAAGUAGCAAAGACUAAUGGGACUGACUCUGAAGCUGCAGUUUAGGGGAUCUCUUCUGCUAGGCUUCUGCUGGGUGUAAGCAGGGAUUUUGGAUUCUGUUCUCAAGAGGCCUGCCUAGGGGAAGAGACCCUGACUGGUCCUCAGGUCACCCAUUAUCCCAGGAACUGAUCAUACUGUUCCUUCCAAUGUGCAAGUGCAGCCCUUUUGGGGAAAACUGUCUAAAGCUUCUUGUGCCAUUUGGUUAAUAAAAGUGUUUCCACCUUGACAAAGUUCUUUCCAGCUUCAUUGUUCAAUAUUCAGUUCAAGUGAAGGGGUAUGUACAUUCUUUCCCUCUGCUAAUGGGACACUGCUGUAAGACCAUGGCCCCAGGUUGCACUUUAAUAAAUGGUACAGUUUUCAAAAACAA